AUGCCUUUCUCCGACUUCCACAAACAUGGACGAUUCCAACCGCUGGCGAUCCUGCCGCUUCUGGUCUUGAUGACCGCCUUCAUUCUUUCGUUUCUCUGCGUUUUCGCUGGCCAUAAGCCCGGAUUCAUGGACAACUACCCGAUUUUCACGCUCAACGUCACGCGCAUGGGACAGAACCUCAUCCAGGAACUCGACGGCAAGAUUUUGUCUCUCGACUUCAACGUGAGUGACAUCAUGAAGCGUUCGGGCCCGGAGCUCGUCCCUACGACGGUGAUCCUAGCGCCCACGACCAUGAUUACAGUCGCGCCUCGUGGCAUUGACGAUCUCGUUGGAGAAGCCACGAGCAAGUUUGGAGAGGUUAAGUCAGACGUCGGUGGCAAGGUCAGCUCCGUAGCAUCCGCCGUCGAAAGUAAAGCCACAUCUGUCGGAGGCAUGGUCGCCAGUGCUGUCUCCGAGGCAUUCGAAUCCGCGCAAACAGCCGUGGUCAAAGCCGUCAACGAGACCUACGAUGACUUCAUGGACGAACUCCAUCUGUCCGGUUUCUACGCUAUCCAUCUCCUAACUACCUGCUCUGGAGAAUAUGCCUGGCCCAACGGCACCAACCUCACCGUCGGCGAGAGCGGCUUCUCCACCAACAACACCGUCCAACGCAUCAAUGACUGCGACAGCAACUCCUUCAUCAACCCCGUCUCCCUGGUCCGCGUCCUCUACGAAAUCGGCAUAUUCUUCACCGGGUGCGCAUUCCUCACAGCCAUCCUCGGCCUCGUCCGCUUCAGCCGCAAGGUCGCCCUGCUCAACAUGCUCGUCACCCUCCCAGCCCUCUGCUUCAUCGGCAUUGCCUCUGCCGCCACUCACGGCAUCUCCGCCGGUGCAGCAGGUCUCGUCAACUUCGUCGGCAAAGGCAUCGGUAUCGCCGGCUACGCAGGCGGGAAGUUCAUGGCGUUGACGUGGGCUACGACCAUCCUACUGCUAGUGAACAUGGGGCUUUGGGCGAUUCUGUGCUUUAUCGGCGAGAGGAACUUCUUUGCUAGAGGAGAGCGACAGACGAAGGAAGGCGGCUCUGCGAGGGAUGCGAGUUUGGAUGGAGAUGAGAUGACCGUGAGGCAUCCGCAUAUCGAUAACUUUUUGAACGCGCAUAAGGGGCAGCAUUAUUAA